AAUUCUGGUUUAUAGGUAUUGACAGCAUUACAUUUUUUUGCAUAUGGUAGUUAUCAAACAGGUAUAGGACAAAAUUUGUAUGUUGCUAUAAGUCAAGCAUCUGUAUCUAGAUGUAUUAAUGAAGUAGUAGAUGCAUUAAAUCAGGCAGCUAUAAUGAACCAGUGGAUUAAAUUUCCCAGAAGUUUAAAUGAAUUAAAAUAUUUAAGACAACAAUUUUAUGAUAGCCAUAGAUUUCCUGGAGUAAUUGGAUGCAUAGAUUGCACUCACAUAGCUAUUUUUCCACCAAAGAUUCGUGAUGCUAUAAAUCCUGAACAUUUAUACGUUAAUAGAAAAGGAUAUCAUUCCAUAAAUGUACAAUUAGUAUGUGAUUGGCGUUUAAAAAUAUUAAAUAUAAAUGCUCGCUACCCUGGAAGCACACACGAUACAUACAUAUGGAAUAAUUCUAAUUUAAAAGUAGGAAUGGAAAGAAUCAACAGACAGUGGCCAAAUAUGACAUUUUUUCUUCUAGGUGAUUCUGGUUAUCCUCUACGACCUUGGUUAUUAACUCCAAUCAUUAAUGCAGAAGUAAAUAGUCCAGAAGAAAGAUACAAUAGGAGUCAAAUGUCUUGUCGAGCUUUAAUAGAACGUUGCAAUGGCUUAUUAAAGAUGCGGUUCCGCUGUUUAUUGAAACACAGAGUUUUACACUAUUCACCACAAACGGCAUGCAAAAUUAUAAAUGCUUGUGCUAUUUUGCACAAUAUGUGUAUAGAAAAUAAUAUCCCAUUCCCACAAUAUGAUGAUGAUUGGCAAGAUGAUAUGUUUAAUCAGUACAUCGGUGAUAACAAUGAACAAAUAGCAAAUAGAGUGAAUCCUGAUUUGGCAGCAGGUAAACAAUUGCGAAACAGAUUAAUUCGUACUUAUUUUCGUUGAUAUAUAUAUUUAUAUACAUAUAUGAAUGCCGAAAAGGCC